AAGAAGGUGUGUACUCGUCAACCUGUCGAAGAUGGCGACCAACAGCCCCGGUCAAUCGAUACACCUGAAAUCACCCCGUAGCCCUCGUCAGCUACCGCAAUUGCCACAAAUCCCGAUCGGAGGACAGAGAAGUCCUACGCAGCUGUCGGCGGUCAAAUCACCGAGCACUCCGUUGGUCUUCGAGUUCCCGCCAGGGUAUUAUCCGGAAACCCCGAACACGAACUUCGAUUUCGAGCAAUUUGCCCGUGCGAACGAGACUGAUCGAGCACCCAGAAGUCCUAGUUACUACGUCCGUCAAGGAUGCAGGAGUCCUAAGAGUCCUAAUCCGGACCUGUUGCAUUCUCCGGGUCGAAAGUCGCCGAUAUUCCAAUUCUGCGAGACCAGGAAGAAUCUGGGGAAGACUAUGAGCUAUCCACCUAGAAGUCCCAUACCUGGAUCGCCCAUAAUCCCAGCCAGAUCACCCAGUUCCACGAGUUUCGUCCCGAAGAGUCCGAAAUCUUUCGAUCAUCGCAGGAACUCUUGCUUUGGAUUCACUGGAUCUAAGAGUCCCAUGUCUCCCACCAUAGUCACUUCUUCGUCCCAUGGACCAUGUAGUCCAAAGCUCAGCGAGAUACACCUGGAACAGCUGAAUAAUGGAAAUCAUAAGAAUAGUGGAUCCAGGAGGUCGUCUAUGGAAAGUUCGUUCAAAGAGAGGGAAAGCCCUAUUGAAAAGAAGGGUGGCAAGAAGGGUGGGCAUAUGAAUCGAAGUCAAGGAUGCCUGGAUGAAGUUGGAAAGAGUCAGGGUAGAACGAAGGAAGAGGACUAUGAGAAAAGCGGAAAGAGUAUGGCGAGAAGGUCGACCAGUGACUUGACGGAAAUUGGAGACGGUGAUACGGAAGUGACGCUGCUGUCGAGUCCAAGAAGAAGGGGUUCUAUGAAAGGCGGUCUAGCGUAUCUAGCGUCCAGACGCGGUUCACGCGACAGCCAGUGUUCCAAUUUGUCGAACGUCAGCAACGAGGAUUUAGGCCCAUUAAAUUUCACCGCUCAUCCCCGAGGUAGACAACGAAGAACCUCGAAUUUCUUGGAGCUACCCGUGCCAGAUCACAUCCGACCACGUGUGCACAGUUUGCCGGAAAAAGCGUACAAUCCACGAGCUGGGGAUGAUCUGUACAGACUUCGGGCAUUCAGCAUCACUCCGAAAGGUGUCGUUAAUCGGGGUGAUUCGAUCAUUUCAAGACGCAGCAGAAGCAACACUUCCGUCAAUAGUAGCAGAAACAGCAAUGUCUCGGGCGAAAGAUCGCCGUUCGAGGGUUCCUGUUGCAGUGGCCAGGGUGUUGGAGCUGACAGUACGGAAAGCGACGAUAUGGAAGGGAUUUCGAAGUACAGAGUCGUGUUGCUCGGGGAUUCUGGAGUUGGAAAAACUGCCCUAGUUUCGCAGUUCAUGACCAGUGAAUACAUGAACACCUAUGACGCCAGCUUAGACGACGAGUUCGGUGAGAAGACGGUCUCAAUUUUAUUGGAUGGUGAAGAGUCGGAGAUGGUGUUCAUCGAUCAUCCGUGUGUAGAAAUGAGCGUGGAAAAUUCUUUGUCCACGUACGAGCCUCAUUCCUGCAUCGUCGUUUACUCCAUCGUGUCUCGUGCCAGCUUCCAGGUAGCUGAGGAAAUACUGAAUUACCUCUGGAGAGAGAAUUACACUCGAGAACGAUCAGUGAUCGUAGUGGGAAAUAAGUCUGACCUGGCUAGAAGUCGCACCAUCUCGACAAACGAGGGCAAGCAGCUAGCUACAUCGAGGGAGUGCAAGUUCAUCGAAACGUCCAGUGGGAUACAACACAACGUGGACGAGCUUCUGGUGGGCGUUCUAAAACAGAUACGGCUUCGAGAGACCCGUGACAAGAAGCUGAAACGUCAGGGUAGCAAGGGGAAGUUUCUGUCGAAAUUACACGGAAGCAAGACAGCUCUCAGCUUAAAUCUGACCAGAGAAAUACUGAACAGAAUGUGUUUGAACGACAGUAAAAGCAAGAGUUGUGAGAAUCUUCAUGUGCUCUAAAGAUACUGUGAUUUUGUUUUCGAGCAACUUUAUAUCCCUUUUUUUGUCGUUAUAUUUAAUUUUUUUUUUAUUAAAAGGAUUAAAAACUGUCGCAUGGAUAAGACAUCAUGUAAAAUGUACUGGGUGCAGUAUCGCAUCAAAUUACUGAAGAUGCAGUAUGGUAUGUGAUGGGCGGUCUUCCAAACGAGCACUGGUAGCGAGCUUGUUAACACGUUGUCUGCCGACCUAAAUUCACUGAUUGCCUCGCGAUGUAGCGAUCAAUUAUAAUUUUUUAUUCUUUAAAGAAUCGUUAUCGAACAUUUUAGUUCGUAGCAAGCGGGAAAGCAAUUUCAGUAUCUCGCUUUAUGAUUACGCUUUUCAAUUAGAGAAACUUUUAUUGAAAUCGUUGGAAGUUUAAUGCUUUCAGUUACGAUCGGAACAACGUGGAAAAAUAGUUAUUCGCAACGUAUACGGAUUUUUCCGGGAAAUAAAAAAGCGAGGAUAGGUGCAUUUUGACGCGAUCAUUGUGGUAUAUUUUUCAUUGAUUUUUCAUUAUUCUUUCCACUCGCGUAACGAAUUAAAGCCUACGCGUGUUUCAGCGUGUCCCAGAAAGAGGAUAGAUGCGCAAACAGGGUAACUUUUACCCUUCCAAUCACACCCUGUCCUUCGAAUAAUAUUUGCUCUACCUUCCGUACCGCUGCCACUGGUAAGUAAAUAUCCGCUCACAAUCGAAGAAAACAGAAUGACACGCAGAAACCUCGACACGUUUAUGGUUCAACUAGUUCGAAAGGAGAUCGUGAUUUCAUUAUUUCUGAAAAUUUCCUCCCCUUGGAAGGCAUAAAAUUCUGAAGAAAUAAAUCUUCUCUUUCCUGAUGACUCGACUCGAGGCGGCCGAAAUUGCUUCUCCACGAACACAAGGUUCAGGCAAUUUUUCACGGCCACGUAUACCAACCGGAAAUCAGUGAGAAAUUCCUCGGAGGAAUUGAUUCCGGACCGGUAUGCGUUGUACUUCGAAUUCGAUGCUCGCCAGACCUCGAAAUUAGAAUCGAGGACGAAUUGAUCACAGUACGAACGACGGUACGGGAAAAUUUGGCGGCUGGUUCGUCCACGAUUCGAUUAUUUAUUGGGAUCUAAUGAGCAACACGUGUCUCUCGCCUCUCGUGUUGCAAUACAAACUCAUUUAUACAGAGAGUGGCUCUAAAAGCAUUUAGUACAAAAUAUUGCAUCGUAUCUUUCAAUUUAUAAAAUUCCAAAGUGAUAUAAUUUACUGUUUCAUUUUCUACGACUCAGUGUUGUUUAAUUGAUUAAAUUAUUGAGAAUAGUGCAUUUUACGUGCAACGCGUGCACUCGUGUAGCCGGACAAUGAAAAAGACAAAGACUAAAGAAUAAAGGAGAAAUUUUCCGAUAAUUGUGUCUACGCGAUACAGUAGUCUCAAUUAAAGGGCUCGAAUUAAUCGAGAGAAUAAUGGUCUACCGUUCACUUCCAGAAAAAAUCGAUUCGUGUCAAGGCGAAAGCUCGCGCCAAGUUCGAUCGUUCAUUUGGCUGGCUCGAUUUUCAAAGCGUUUCCUAUUCGAGCAUCGAGCGGUGGUUCGUCUGUCGACGGAUUAAUUAAUUCAACUAAAUGACCGAGCAGUAAUUCGAACGAUCAUUCCUUCAACGAAGUCACUUUCUCGCUAACGUAUGACGUGUUACAUAUCGCUUUGAAAAUCGAGCUAACGAAUGAACCAGCUGGACGCUGGUUUCGUCCGGUUGAAACGACGCUGGACGUCCUAUCGCUUCGUACGACGCAUAAACGAUCCAAUAUCGCGUGUAAAUGUAUAAUGUAAUCUAGCCAUUAAGCAAUUCUGUAUGGAACGAAACGUUUCACACGUCUGGGUCAUUCUAGAGAUAUUUAUCCGUAUGACUAAAUUUUCACGACUAGAAAAUAAAUUAUAAUCAUUAUUUCGUUUUUUUUUUAUUUACUCCAAAUUUUAACGAAUCAAACCUCGUUUUAUAAUUUGCCUUCCACGUUUCGAAGAUCCUUGAUUGAUUUUCGUGGCCGCGGAUAAAUGGGUAUCGUGGAAGAAUACAGAAUACACAUAAUGCAAUCGAGUAGGGACGGCCUAAAAACGUACAAGACGAGAGGUACGAUCUCUCCGUCAGUAUAUGUGCACGUAGACCUAUUAUAUCAUUAUUAUCAACGUUGUUUUCAACGAGGCCAAGAGAUUAUCGAUAACGAUAACGAUCGCUGAAACAACACGCGCGUCUGUUCAGUUAGAUAAGCGCUUCACAUAUCGAGCAAAGGCUUAUAAAACAGUAGAAAGAAUGGGUUGUUCAUAUUUAAUCGUAAUCACACGCGUUAGAAGACUAUAGUUGUCGUUCGUUUCUAAAGGAACAUUCGAAUGAACCAAUAAGACCGAAUGAUUAUUUUCGAGGCAUCGUGAACGCCGAUAAUAGAACGGGAAAAAAAAAUCAUUUCUCAAACGCGUUGUUUGUCUUACGAAGUUGUGGAAACUGCAUACCUCGAAGUUACGAAUAAAACGAAAGGCUGGUCUAUUUUUAUAUAAAUACAAGUUCGUCCGACACGUUUUAUCACAACCUGUCAUUCACACGAUUGACGUUUUUCUACUGUAUAAGGAACAAUUCCGCUUCGUACGCGAGAGAAACCGUGCAGGGGGUGAACAUUAUUUUUUCUCCUUCUUUCAUUCCAUCGAACAAAAGAUUCUCAUUCUUUUGACGUUCAAUACGAACGCGUAUAAUGGUAGCGAAAGUUUGAAAAUCCUAUUGUCUAACAUUUGUUCGAUUAGAUAUUUCUCUCGUUUCGAGAUUUCUUCUUCGAAGUGUCCCCUCUCGCACGUUCAUACGACAAUCAACUUAUUUUGUUAACUAUCGUGUUGUACCUCGAAAUCUGUAGUAGAAUUUAGACAUUUGGUGUUUAUGUCGAAAUAAAAGCAAUAUGCCAAACAUA